UCUUAACCGACGUCUCAUUUCCCACUCACUGGCAAUCGAAAUUCUUUCCCUCUCUCUAUAUCGCAAAUCAGCGCUUUUUGAUCUCUUUGCAUUCUCAGAUGGCACCGAAGGCAGCAGAGAAGAAACCAGCGGAGAAGAAGCCGGCGGAGGAGAAGAAGGCCGAGAAGGCACCAGCGGAGAAGAAGCCUAGGGCAGAGAAGAAGUUGCCAAAGGAAAGCGGCGCCAGUGACAAGAAGAAGAAGCGCACAAAGAAGAGCGUGGAGACCUACAAGAUCUACAUCUUCAAGGUCCUGAAACAGGUUCACCCAGAUAUUGGGAUCUCGAGCAAAGCCAUGGGAAUCAUGAAUAGCUUCAUCAACGACAUCUUUGAGAAGCUAGCUCAGGAGUCUUCUCGACUUGCAAGGUAUAACAAGAAGCCUACCAUUACUUCUAGGGAGAUUCAGACUGCUGUGAGACUCGUUUUGCCUGGUGAGCUUGCCAAGCACGCCGUUUCAGAGGGUACAAAGGCGGUUACUAAGUUCACUAGCUCUUAGGUUGUUGGUUUUUGUUUUUGGGUAUAAAAAUUUGGUCUUUCUGGUUGUGAAGGCUGAGUACUAUGAUGGGUUAGGGAUCUUCAGGUAGUUCUUUUUGUAACUAAUGUAUGUCGACUGAAUUGGAAAUGAAGCUAUCAUAUUUUAGUAA